CACGCGGUGCCGAGUCCCCCAUUCCCCCCAACCCCACCACCGAUCCGAUCGGCAAAUCCCCCCCGCCAAUUCCCCACAGAUCCCGGUCGCCCCCCCCCCCCCCCGGCCCCUUCCCGAACUCGCACCGGAAAUUGGUGGCGAGUUGCCCGCCGGCCCCGGCUCGCCGCGGGGGGAGCAGCUCCCCGGUCGCCGCGAUGGCGGAGUGCCGCAGCCUCAUCGAGUUCCUCCGCGCGUUCGAGCACCACCGCAGGGCGGCGGACAGCUCCGCCUCCGCAUGCUCCCGAUCCAGGCGGGCCCGCGCGGCCGGCGCCGGCGCCUCCUCCUUCUGCGACAGCACCCCGAUGGCCGUGGUCGACGCGGUCAUGCUGCUCGCCGUCGUCGCCGCGCUCGGGUUCCUCGUGAUCCCGUACCUCAGGCUGCUGCUCGUCGAGGUGGGCGCGCUGCUCCACCCCGCCGCGUCCUGCCUCUCGGCCGCCGCCUUCUUCGGGGCCGCGGUCGCCGUGGCGGCGGCCGUCGUCGCGUGGGAGCUGCUGGGCCACCACGCGCGCAAGUGCGGGAAGCCCAGGUGCAGGGGCCUCAAGAAGGCCGUGGAGUUCGACAUCCAGCUCGAGACGGAGGAGUGCGUGCGCGGCCGCCCCGGGCCCGCGGCGCGAUCGGCGCUGCUCGCGGCCGCGGGGGCGCGCCCCGUCGAGCUCGGGGACGAGCAGCGGGAGCUGGAGGCCGAGCUCCGCAAGAUGGCGCCGCCCAACGGCCGCACCGUGCUCAUCUUCCGCGCGCCCUGCGGCUGCCCCAAGGGCCGCAUGGAGGUCUGGGGCGCCAAGAAGGUUCGCCGGAUCAAGAAGUGAAAAGGGGUAACGGGGAGGAUCAGAUGGUCCCUAGUUAUUAGUCCAUUGCUGGUCUGAUUCCUGGUAACUAGUAGCUAGAAAAAUACUAUAUAAUUUCAGUAAUAAGUAUAGGGGAGCAAAUAAAUGGAUGAUACAACAGUUAUAUCACAGAUAGACUAUAGACAUCACAUACUCCUUGUAUUAUGAGCGAGUGGGAAUUUCAGACGAAAUAUAUGGCGUUUGCUUGUUCAUUCUCUAUUUUUCAUGGGACUCGGGAUUAAUCCGUCCAUAGCUGGUUACUCUUUCGGUGGAUCUAUAAAAUUGUUGGACGGUAA